UCCCGAGGAUGGAAACGGUGGUCUGACAACAGGCUGCGCAUCAUGUGGAUCUUAGUUCCCCAGCCAGAGGUCGAACCUGUGUCCCACUGCAGUGGAAGAAGCGCACAGUCCUAACCACUGGACCGCCAGGGAAGUCCCACUUCUGAGUUCCCAGGCUUGGUUAAGAAGAUCUCUCCAUUUCCUUCAUGAUGAAUUUCCUUGUCUUUUGGGUCAGGAGAACCUCUAAGCUACUGAGCUGUCUGCAGUGGUGCUGAAAUGAACAGAGACGCUGACAGAUGAGAGCCUCAGCAGCUUGGCAGCCCCAUGUCCCAGGACGUUGCUUACUCUUAGCAGCAGCUUCCAAAACAGUGCCCCCCAUGCCAUUUCAAAGGACAUCAACACAGCAGCCAAGUUCGUUGGACCUGAGGCUGUCACAUAGGUGGCUGGCUCUGGGGCUGGAAUCAGAACUGUGUUUGGGAGCCUCAUCAUUGGUUAUGCGGAACUCUUCUCUGAAGCAACAGCUCUUCUACACCAUUCUGGCCUUUGCCCUCUCAGAGGCGAUGGGGACCUUUUGCCUGAUGGUGGCCUUUCUCAUCCUCUUUACCUUGUGAAGGAGCUGUCUCCACCUCUUAUAGUUCUUUCUCCUGUGUUUCUCUGCCCUGUAUGUUCCUUUUCCUAUACCUCCCCAGGCAGCCUAGGGAAAUUGGUUGGCUCAGGGUUUGACAGACAAAUAGAGAACACAGAGAAAAGACAAAUACUGUAUUAAUUUAAAAAUAUGUUUUUUUCUAAACCAGUUUAAACAUCAAAGAUCCAAGCGAAAGUUACCAUCUUGCCCUUGAGAAAAUAAUUCUCAAAGGCUAUCCAUCCUUCAAGGGAGAAAGGUGACAAAUACAAGCUCUCUUUUCAGAAAAAAAUAAAUGUUUUCAAUUUAGACCAGAGCUAACAGAUGAAAAAUGUAUUAGUUUUGAAGAUAAGUUCAUGUAGCUUGGGAAUACACUGAGCCCAGUUCACUGGUCAGUUCUCGUCCAUGUGUGUCUCGAUCCACUGGUAUGUUGAAAUCAGUUUCUAUUUCUUAUUUAUUUACUUUUUUUGACCACACCACACGACUUGUGGGAUCUUAGUUCCCCGACCAGGGAUUGAACCCGUGCCCCCUGCAGUGAAAGCGAGGAGUCCUAACCACUGGACCACCAGGGAAUUCCCUGAAUUCAGUUUCAUGUAUGGCAUGUGUCUGGUCAUUUAUUGCUAAUAUGGAAGUAUUAGAGUUUAAAGUUUUAUUUACUUAAGCAGAUGAGACAGAUUGAAGGUUAGUCCUAUGUUUCUCUUUGGACUGGGCCUUGUUCUAAGAGCUCCAGAAUGCCUUCUUGAGGGGGAAAGAAAGGAAUCAAACAACAACCCAUUUAAUCUACCAUAGUCCAUGGCCACCUACCUUAUGUGUGUAUUGUAAUUAGUUGUGAAAAUCACAAAUUAUUAUAAUGAUUUACAUCCUUGCGGUCAUUUGGAGAUGUCAUCAAAAUGUAGAUUUGUUUAUGAGAUUGUGCUCUGCAAGGGCAUAAAAUCAUUGGGUAUAUCACAGUGGGGGGAAAAUGUUAGGAAACGUUGGGUAGAAUAGGUCUUAACAAACCCCUGUAAGGGCUGCACUAGCCCUAACCCUAUGUGUUCAUCAGAACUAAUUUGAAAAUGACACUCCAGUUCAAACCGGCCUGAGCAAAAAUGGGAAUGUGUUGACUUUUAUCCAGAAAAGUUGAGGGUUAAGGCUGACCUCAGAUGUGGCUGGAAUCAGGGGUCAAACAUUCUCUAUCUCUCCAAUCUGUUCUCCAUAUUGACUUUAUUCCCAAACCACAGUGGGGUGGGACUUCCCUGGUGGUCCAGUGGUUAAGACGCUGUGCUCCCAACGCAGGGGGCCUGGGUUCCAUCCAUGACCAGGGAACUAAGACCCGAUGCAGCCAAAUAAAAAAAUAAGUAAACAAACAAAAAACCCCACAUGGUGGCAAGAUCGCUGCCGGCAGCUCUAGUGUGAAUCCUCUGAGACUCAAGUCCAGUGGGAAAGAGAGAGCCUCUUUUCUAGAAGCUCCUUCAAAAGUGUGCUGGGAUUCACUCUGAUUGAUCUACCCUUGAGUCAAUUAAUCGCUGUUACCAGCAGGGCACCAUGUGCUGAUUGCCUUAGACCUGGGUCACAGGCUCCACCUCUGAAUGGGGGGGUUGUGACGGUUCGACCGACCACAUGGGUUGAGUGUGGGGAGGAGAUGAACACUUCCAAGCCAAGAUGGACCUUUUACAGAGAGGAGAUGCUAGAAAGACAGUCAACAAAUACCCACUCUGCCCCAAGUGACCAUCUUGAAAAUGCCCAGAAAGAACCAGAUGAAAGAAAAUGUCUGGCUAAGGUCCAAGCCAGCCCCAAGAGUGGAAAAAUAAAACCCAUGAUUUCCUGAGAAAAUAGAUGAUGUUAUGACAAAGCAUCAGGUGUGGUAAGAAGUCACGUUGCAUUCAGGGAGCCCAGGGCAAACGCUUUCAUUCUCUUUGACAGAAAUCUUCUCGAGGCAGGAGAUAGAUGGGCCCCAGGUUAGAUAUUUACAACUGGCCUCCCGCUUACUUUGCAUGAGGCAGAAAAAAGUGGGCUUCAGGCCGGAUACUUACAACUAGACUUCUGUUUGCAUUUUCUGAGACAAUUUAGCCAGGGGGGACAACACAAGAUGAUUGGUGAGAAGGAAGACAAAAGACCCCGUAAAACUGCCCCUUUAUAAAGGAUUUAAACUUCCCCAAAGGGCACAUCUCUCUCCGAGUUCGCCCGUGCGUCUGACUUUCCGUGUGUACUUUGCUUUUCCAAUAAACUUCUUACUUUUCUCUUUCCCUUCUGCCUCCUUGCCUGAAUUCAUUCUUGACAAGGCAGGCAAGAACUAGGGAUCCAGGUCCUAGCUGCUGGCCCCUGUGGUCUAGUGGUUAGGACCCCCGGCCCAGGAACUAAGAUCUUGCUUCCAGCUACUGCUCGCUGUUGCUUGACGCAAGCUGCUACUUACUGCUGUGUGCGCCAAAAUCAUUCUCAGAAAGUGAGUGACAACAUGCUCCUUCCUCUGUUCUUCAUCUGAAUGACAGGUCUCACAUCACUUCCCCAUUGUCUCUCAGCCAGGUCUCAACCUUUGUCUCCUUCCUUCACACAGGCUUUGCUUGACCAUGGGUUCCCCCCUUGUGUUAAAGGCAAUGAUACCAACCAGGGUUCUUGGCUUUCCCCAAUCAAUAGAAAUUGAUCAGAGGCCACACAAGAAAUUCAGCCAAGUUUUUACUGGGGCUCCUGCAGCAGGGGGAAGCGGGAACAAUGAACAGUUUCCCUUGUUUGCUCACUCCCCGAGUGGGAGAUGAGCUUGUUUCUUAUAUGGGGUGAGGGUAGGGGUGUGUCCAGGGGUCUGGCUGGAGGGGUGGCUGAGGUUUUUUGCCCACCCCUUAGGUGGUGCUGAGGGCAGGGGGCAUGUGCAGUGCCCUGCUUUUGCUCCCGGACACCCUGUUUCUGCUCCCAGCUCUUCAGAAGUGGCAGUUGGGAUUUUUUUGGGUCUUUUUGUAUCUUUUGUCCAGAAUUUGCCCCAACUGUGCGUACAUGCAGUUAUUUUUUAGUCCCUUAUAGUUUCUUCUUUUUUUUUUUAAUGAGCACAUUUUUUUAGAGAGCUUGUUUUAUUUAAAAAAAUUUAUUAUUUAUUUAUUUGGCUGCAUUGGGUCUAAGUUGCUGUGUGCAUACUUUCUCUAGUUGUGGCGAGCGGGGGCUACUCUUUGUUGCGGUGCGUGGGCUUCUCAUUGCGGUGGCUUCUCUUGUCGUGGAGCACGGGCCCUAGUUGCUCCACGGCAUGUGGGAUCUUCCCAGACCAGGGCUCGAGCCCAUGUCCCCUGCAUUGGCAGGUGGAUUCUUAACCACUGCACCACCAGGGAAGUCCCUCCCUUAUAGUUUCUUCCGUAUUUUGUUGUUGGAGGAGAGGUUUGUCCAGGUGCAAGCACUGCAGCACUGCAGCAAAGAGUCCCAGGUCGCAGGCCUGUCUCCGAAAUACCUGGCUUCCUGAUAGUAUCAUUUAGGAAUGCAUUGUGUAGUAUUGAUAUAAUAGAAAACCCUAGUGUAUUAGUUUAAACAGUCUGGGGGUGGGGGGAGCGGGGGUAGGGAUGGGGAGUGUUUGUCUUUCACAAUAGGAAGCUCUGGAAGGAGGACAGUUAAGAGCUGAUAUGGUCAGUCAACAAUGCUCUCCAGAACACAGGCUAUAUAUGUUUCUAGUCCAAGGUUCUUAGCAUAUGCACCUGCAUUCUCAGGCUUGCAAGAUGGCUUAUGUUCAUGUUUCAGUUGGAAAGAAGACAGAAAAGUCAAGGGUUGUUUUUUUUUUUUCUUUUGUUUUAAAAUGAGGCCUUGCCUUUUUAUUUGAGAAGUGUUAAGUGAUUUUUUUUUUU